UCUGCCGCACCUCACCGCCCUAACUGUACACGCGUUGACACGGCUACGUCUCCCUCUGACAUGCGGACAAAUGUCCCUGGCCUGAACAACUUGCGGUGACCUCACGGUCGAAGGAGAGAAAUAAAAGUUUCAAUUCCGGAACUCCUGUUUUCAGCAGGGUGUUCAUCCCAUCAUGGAUCAGCCACAGAUCGGUGAGCUGAAUUGGCGCCUGAGCGCGCAUCCGCUUACGCUCUUGUUCUUUCUGGGCUUUAGGAUCGGAAGUCUGCUCAUGUAUCUAUUCGGUGUUCUUUUCAUCGACAACUUUAUUCUGGUCUUCAUUAUUACUCUCCUUCUCCUCUCUGCCGAUUUUUACUAUCUCAAGAAUAUUGCUGGUCGCCGAUUAGUCGGCUUGCGCUGGUGGAACGAAGUUAAUACAGCAACGGGCGAUUCGCAUUGGGUCUUCGAGAGCUCGGAUCCGAACACACGCACCAUCAAUGCUACCGACAAGAGGUUUUUCUGGCUGAGCAUGUAUGCGACUCCGGCACUCUGGAUCGGACUUGCGAUCCUGGCGAUCGUGAGAUUGAACAAUGUUAUCUGGCUUAGUCUAGUUGCUAUUGCCCUUGUUCUCACUAUCACAAACACCGUGGCAUUCUCCCGAUGUGACCGUUUCAGCCAGGCGUCCAACUUGGCAAACAGAGCAUUUUCUGGUGGCAUCGUGAGCAACCUUGCCGGAGGAAUGCUGAGCAGACUCUUCAGAUGAAUUUAACGUGCGGUUAUGGCAACUUCUCGACACGGCACCCUGGAAUGAAGUACUCGAGGGCUCGUGGCUGCUUGUUCCCUUUCUGUUGUGUUUUUUGUUCUAGCUUCAAUGCCAUGUGUACUUCAACUUUUGAGUUUCAAGUUGGUAGCGUAACGUCCAGGAAUUUUGCGCAGUAUACAAUGCUUUCGAAAUUUGACCACGGUUGAGCCGUUCUCAUUUUUAAUACUUCCAAGAGGGAUGUGCUCCGCAUAAGUCAGUCGUGAGCGUCAUUCUGUUUGCCACGCUGUGGAGAGGGUGUGUAUAAUCGUAUCGACAGGCCAAGCGGUUAUAUCUUGCCAUAGCCUCAAUGCGCCGACAAGUUCAAUACGCUGCUCUGCAUCAGUGAUCCAGGGCCCGCCUAAACACAAAGACUGAAAGUUAGCGUCCGUGAUCCUGCUACUUUGAUCGUCUGUAAACUCGAAACUCACAGAAACAAAUGGG